UUCCAGUCUAACAGUCCGAGAGCUGACAGUCAGUCAGGCAGCCUGAACUUCUCCGAGGCCCGGAUGGUCAAAUCCAACCUCCAGCGGAUCCUCAAUAGUCACUGCUUUGCUCGCGAAAAAGAAGGAAAAGCUCAAUAUCAGACAAAAAUGGAGGCUUUAAAUUGUAAUAAUCUCUCUGACAUGAUCGACAAUUUGUCUCUGAAUUGUAGUAGUACUCCUGGUCCUGGGCCUCUGUGGUGUUCCGAUGCCCCUCUCCCACCCCUGAAGAUCCCAGGUGGGCGAGGGAAUGGCACACGGGAUCAUUCUCCCUCAGCUCGGCCACUCUACACGGACAGGAAGCUGAGUGUGAUCGAACGUCCUGCUGGAGGCGGUCGCCCAGCGAUGUUGCACUUCCUGAGCCGCCCCACCCCCUCUCGUACGAUCGGCUGGGAGGCGGUCGUACGUGGUGACUCCCUUUACAUAGAGAUUCCUCGCGAGUCGCUUCCAGAGGGCAGCAAAGAGAGCUUCGCCUCUCUGCUGCAGUUUGCUGAAGAACAUCUGAAAGUCACCAGCGUGUUUGUCUGCUUUUACAAGAACCGUGACGAUCGUGCCAAGUUGGUGCGUGCGUUUAGUUUCCUGGGCUUUGAGGUUGUGAGUCCGGGCCGUUCCCCUGUCCCACCUCGACCUGACGUCUUCUUCAUGGCCUACACCUUUGACCGAGAUUCAUCCGACGAAGACUAGACUCCUCAUUUCACCCUCUUUCCUCACGCUGAUUUUUUUAUAGUAUAGUGUUGGCUUUAUUUCUGCAUCAUUCCUGUUUAUUAUUAUUAUAUUUGUUAUCUCAUGUUUUUGCAUAAGGGAAUUCUGUAAACGUGACCUUUCACUCAACAGUGUGGAUUUAUUUUAUCCCGUCAUUGUGUAACAGAUGAAUCAGUUUAUGAUUAUGUAGGUACUGUUCAACUCUGUGCUUAAUUGGAUUUAAAUUUGUACCAGUAAUAAAUAAAUGAAUAAAAAUCAACACGAGCUUAAAAAAAAACCCCACAUGGUGCAUCCGAGUGGACCCAGGAAGUGAACUUUGUAGAGCAUAAAUGCAUGAAAUGAAGUGUUUAUUAAUUCAGUUGAAGCCAGUUGGUACGAAGUUUGAAGUGCUUGCGUUGCUUAUUGUGUUGUAUUAGGAGGGUGUUCUGACUCCCGGUAUGGUUUAAUGUGUUGCUUUUGUUUGUUUUUUUGCAUCGUUCACUCUGGAUUUACUUGGAUGUCCUUGUGUUUUUGUUGUACCUCUGCAUUUUGGAUUCCUUAUGUGCUUACAUGAAAAAUAAAACAUUUUAAAAAGGAAA